AGAAGAAAUUGUAUAAAAUUGAGGUAGGAUUCCAGAGAUGCAUCAACGAAUUUGUUGUUAAAUCUACUGACCGGGAAGAACUCCAAUCUCCAGCAAAGGAUACAAGCAGAACAGUGAGCUCCCACCUCAGAGAUAAUGAAGGGGUUCAAGGAUUAGAGAAAUCAUUAAUUUUGCCAAAAGUCUCUCAUGGAGUUCUCCCCAAGAGACAUUUUCAACAGAAGAGAUUUAAUGGAGACCAAAGUCUUCCUGAAACUGUAUAAAAAGUGAAGAGAAAAAGAAAAAUCUUCAACUUGCUAGAAUGUUUCAAAGUGGCACAAAAAGACAUACGCCAAAUAAAAAAUCUGGAAAAUCUAAGUUAAGCAAAAGAAUGAGGUUGCUCAAAAAUGUAAAUAUGAUGCAAAACAAGAAACAAACGCAAAGUAUUAAUGUAAACACUACAAGAAGGUCGAUGAUCGUUAACUUAGCUCUGAGUCAGCAUUUUCUCAAUGUAAAUGAGAAAGAGAGCGAUGAGGUGUCUAUUUCUAGCCCUAGGAAAAUGUUCAAGCUCGACACAUCAAAAUUACUUCAAAAGCGAUUAUCAAAUAGGCGAGUAAAGUCGGUAGUAAAAGCAAAAGAUUGGCUUGAAAAGGCAAAAAUGUAUAACAUCUUUUCAAAAGUUUCGGCUGCUGUGAAGAAAAAUGAGCCUUUGGAGCUCGACACUAUUGGAAUUAACAAUACCCCAUAUGUAGAAAUAUUAAAACAAAAGGAACAUUCUACAAAGUUUGGGAGAGCAUCACCAAGAUCUACAGUAAAGAACCAUGCUUGCCUUUACAGCAUCUCCCUAGAGCAUGAACAAAAUCUUUCAAGAGCACUAGUCUCACAAAAUAAAGAAAAAGCUAUAUACAAAGAAAUUAGAAACAGUCUUAUAGACUUAGAUACCAACAACAAUAAACACGAUGAAAGAAGAUCAAAGAGUAAAGAACACCUGCUAAAAUCACUCAAAAGACUGAUUAAAAACGAUAGAACCCACAACAGAAGAUACCUCAACUACUAAGCCC